CGAUGAUAUGCAUCAUCAAAUAGGAUCUGAAGUAUUAGAAGCUCAAGUACAGUAAGUACAAACUGUCGUUACCGAAAUAUUCCCCGCCAACCAUGAAUGAGAAAGAACCGUGCACUGCAGAUCUCGAAGAGUAUGUAUGAUGGAAAAAUAUGGAAAUGCUGGUACAGGUAUGCGUGAACGCUGAACAUGACUAGUGAUGCAAUGAGAUGUGUUGCUACAGUGAAAGAAACUUGAAGUAUGAAGAAAUAAUGCAACAUGAUGUGAUCGUCGAAGGCGAAUGUGGAGUGGUAGGUCAUCUCAACACCGUAUACGAGUUGUUAGCUGGGGGUCUCCGUCCAUUCGCUCCUCUCCCUUUCAUCGUUCUAAAGGCCACUACACUCGUUCAAUCCCAGGUCAGAGUUUUGUCCUGGACGUCGAUGGCUUUUCUACUCGUUCCCUUAAGCCUAUAUGGACCCUCUCCGAUACAACUUCACUUCUUCCCCAGGAAUUUCAUCCCUGACAACCCACCACUCUUCUGUCCACCAGAACUCUGCUGCGACGACGGACUCAGCACCGAAAACAUCGACACCUGGUCUCUCGGCGACUGGUGCAUGCUCGAGAACGCGUGAGGCGCGGAGGGACCCGUAGGGAAGAAGGAGCUGGCGGUAGGGGUGCGUGGUGGGGCAGAGUAUUGGUAGGAAGACAUGAUGCUUGGUGAAUAUGAUGUGGCGGUGGCGUGGGGGUUUGAACGACAAUUGGAGGUCGACGCGGAUGUAUGGGUGUUGACGUAGGGAGUGCAAAUGGGGAUGUUAAGAGUGACGGAGGCGAUGUUUGUACGGGUGUUCGUGAAGGUGACUGAGAGAAGGAUGUCGAUGAUGCGGGUGGCGAAACCACAAAGUGCAACGUCCAACUAAAGUCUAUAUGACCGUGUUCGUGAUGCUGAUCCUAUUGCAGGUCGUGAAGAGACGAUGCGUGCAAGCCGUGAAAUGCGAAUGAAAUGACAGUGGGCGGCAGGCGAGAGAAUGUAAUCCGUUCCUGCGGAUGUAGUAAAACCGAUGCGAAUGCGGUGGGUGCGUGUAGCGGAGGGUCGUGAAGCGUCACGGACGUGGAAUUAUACAGUCAAGUAAAAACCAAGCAGAGAAUAGUCGUGAAGGACGGAUGUCCCGGGAAAGGUGGCUGGCGGGUGAAGGGAUUGGCGGGGGAAUGGG